CGCUCACUCGCUCCCGCUCCCGCCUAACCGCCACGAAUUUUCCCUCCGCAUUGCCCGGUUUUGUUUUUUAUUUAUUUAUUUUGAUGUGAUAUUAUGAUUACACAUUGCCGUGAUAUUCCUGCGUGUUAACCGCACCGAUUUCAGUAAAAUUCAUUCGGACCAAAUCCGUUUUUGGAUUUUCGCAGUCAGCCAUCAUACCGCCCGGACCGACGCUACUGUCCGCAGUCUAGACGUAUCGCAAUUUUAUCGUAAGUUUGUCGGCCGCCAAUAUUAUUAAAUAGUUCAUAGUAUUACGCAUGUUUAUAAAAUCCAUCACUUAACCUUAAAUGUCGAAUCAUCAAAAGUUGAAUUUGGCAUUUUUAACGUUGGCAUUUGAUAAUUUGUUUUUUUGAUCAGGUACUAUCGUAGACCCCUUGUAACCAUGUCCAAUACGCACAGAAUGAGGUAUAAAAAUGAAGGUGUUGACUCUAAGGAGUUACGUCGUAGACGUGAAGAAGAAGGUAUUCAGUUGCGCAAGCAAAAAAGGGACAUUCAGCUUUUCAAAAGACGAAAUAUAAAUGAGACAAUUCAAAGCGACGAUAUUGACGUGAGUACAGUGAUUUAAGUUGAAGGCAAUUCGCGUAGUAAUGGCACUCAUGAAGCCUGUAUAUAUUGUUCGUGAGUCUGUUCUUUUGUCAAUCAAAUCAUAUUCAUUUAUAAUGCAACUUUUAUUAUAUAUAAUUUCAUUUCAAUCCCUUUAUCCAUUUCUAACCUAACAUUUUACCGUUAUUAUAUAACAGUUGUAAUUGUUUUAAAAAUGUUCCAUUCCUAAGUACAUAAUUAAUAUUGAAUUAAUGAAACCUUGCGGUAGUAUUUUUAUCUGCUUGAUUGGAAUACCUAUUAGAUGCAAUUCUUAAAAUAAAUUUUAUUUCAAUACAAAGUCUAAACAUGGUUAUGAUAAUUAUCAAUUAUUAUGAUUAAAUAACUAAUAUAAGAACAUCAAUAAUUAUGCAAAUUUAUUACUCUACAUUAUAAUUCUUAUACAUAUAUAUAUGUAUAUAUAUUUUUUUAUUUUAAUAUUUUUGUUUUCUUAAUUUAUAUUUUUUUUUUUUUUCAAUAUAUUGUGUAAUUAUAGUCGGCUGUACCGAAUAACUUAUCCGAAUGGUCUAAUAUUAAUGAAGAACUUAUCAAACAUCUGUAUAGCAUUAAUGAAGAAGAUCAGUUAAGAGCGACCCAAAAAUUUAGGAAAUUAUUGUCUUCUGAGCCAAAUCCUCCCAUUGAUGAUGUAAUUAAUACUGGUGUAAUUCCACGAUUUGUAGAAUUUUUGAAAAAUGCAACCAAUAGCCAUUUGCAGGUAUAUAGUUAUUAUUUGUUCUAUAACUUUCUUAGAAAUAAUUACACAUUUUAAUUUGUUAGUUUGAAGCGGCAUGGGCUUUGACAAAUAUUGCUUCUGGAACUUCGGAACAGACACGUAAAGUAAUGGAAGCUGAUGCUGUUCCAGUAUUUAUAUUUUUGUUAGAAUCACCACAUGAAGACGUACAAGAACAAGCAGUUUGGGCUUUAGGAAAUAUUGCCGGUGAUUCUCCGAUGUGUCGUGAUUAUGUUUUAAACAUGGGCAUUAUGGAACCAUUAUUAAAGUAACAAUUAAUUCUUUAGUCUGAAUUAAUUUAUACAUUUUGAAAAUAUAAAAAUAAAACAUUUUAUAUAGUAGUAAAUAAGUAGGAGGAAGGAGGGUGAGAGGAAGAUCAGAACAGAAGUGGUUGAAUGUGAUUGAGUGUGAUAUAAGGAUGCUUGAUGUAUGUGAGGAUGAUGAGGUCGAGUGAAAGCUUAUGAUAAGGGUUGCUGAAUCUAAAUAGAUUGAAUGGAAAAAGAGAUGAAGACUAUUUUGUUUAAUAUUAAUAUAAUUAAUAUUUUUAUCAAUUAUAUAGGUUUUGUAUGUUCAUUUUUUUUUCCGUAGGUUGCUAGAUAACUGUUCCCGUUUAUCAAUGACUCGUAAUUCGGUGUGGGCCGUAUCCAAUUUAUGCCGAGGAAAAGUGCCACCACCUGAUUUUUCGAUGGUAUCACCUGCUUUGCCGGUUUUAGCUGACUUAUUAAAUAACUCCGAUGCCGAUGUUUUGGCAGAUACUUGUUGGGCUCUAUCGUAUUUAUCUGAUGGUCCAAAUGAAAAAAUUCAAGCCGUAAUUGAUGNUGGAGUUUGUCCGACCUUAGUUGAAUUAUUAAUGUGAGUUAUAAUAAUUUGUUAUCUAUUUAUUGAAUAAGAACAAAAGGAGAUGCUAAUUAUUUUACUACUGUUUAAGGCACACACAAACUAAUGUAGUUUCUGCCGCUUUGCGAGCAGUUGGUAAUAUAGUAACUGGUGACGAUGCUCAAACACAAGUAGUUUUAAACUGUUCAGUUUUACCUUGUUUGCUAAGCUUGUUGGGCUCGCCCAAAGAAACUAUUCGUAAAGAAGCUUGCUGGACAAUAUCUAAUAUUACUGCUGGAAAUAAAAAUCAAAUACAAGUAGGUAAUUUAUUAAUAAACUAACAAUCCAUUGUAGUGAUGUAAUAAGGGUUUAUUUAAAAAUAAUAAGGACUUCAAUAAUAAAUAUAUAAUUGCUCUUUGUUUUCGUUUAUUCUUGAAACAUGCAACAUACCAUUUUGGAUUCUUUACAUAAAUUUAAAUACCUUAAAUGUUCCUUUGUUGUCUGUUCAUCCAUUUAAUUAUGAUUGUUCAUUUGGUUAACAAUAAUUUUUUUUUCGCCAACAAUGGGCAGCUUCCCAAUCCUGCCUAAACUUAUUUUUUAUCACGUCUUCUUAUUAUAAUAUUCAAAUUACAGAUUGUAAAUUUAUUUUAAAUGUUUGUGAUUCUAAACAACCACCAUUGUAGGUACUUAUUUUAAGUACCAUAAAGGUGAGUGACCAACAACUAGAAAUAAAUAUUAUUAAUAUUGGCUAGUAUAUUUAUUACUCGUACAUUGAUUUUUUUAUGAAAAUCGUAAAAAUUAUAGCAUUCAUAACAUAUUUAAUCAAACUUCGCUCAGUCGUUUUUUGUUAAAUUACUCUAUAUCCUGCAUUCUUAACUCCCACCUUCAAAUAAAUUUGUUUUAUUGCUGUAGUAUAGAUUUAAUUUUAAUUGACUUCAAGCAGAAUCAUUUAAAAAUAAUUUAUUUGUUAGUAUGAAUAGUAAUUACUAACUAAAAGUACAGAAAAACCAUUUUAAUAGUUGUACGAUAUGUGUAUUUACAGGCUGUUUUAAAUGAAAACAUAUUCCCAGCACUUAUUCAUAUUAUGGCUACAGCAGAGUUUAAGACGAGAAAAGAAGCUGCGUGGGCCAUUACAAAUGCAACAUCUGGGGGAACGCAAGAACAAAUCCAGCAUUUGGUUGAACAGGUAUAUUUUAUCAAUAAAACAAUUAUUCUUUUAUUAUUUAUUUUCUUUUUAUCUUUUUAUUUAGAAAUGUAUCCCUCCGUUGUGUGAUCUCCUUACAGUAACAGAUGUGAAAAUUAUUCAAGUGGCUUUAAAUGGUUUAGAAAAUAUUCUUAAAUUAGGAGAACAGUUAGCUAGACAAUCUAAUGCUGUUAAUCAAUAUGCUGUACAACUAGAAGAAUGCUAUGGUCUGGAUAAAAUAGAAUUUUUACAAUCGCAUGAAAAUAUUGAAAUAUAUCAGAAAGCUUUUGGAAUUAUUGAACGUUACUUUGGUUCUGAAGAGGACGAUCCUCGUAUUGCACCCUCUGUACAAGAAUCUGAACAAGGAGUUGAGCAGUUCGAUUUUAGGGAUCAAAGUGUCCCUAUGACUAGAUUCCAAUUCUAACAAUUAAUAAUACAGGAAAUAUGAUUUGGUUUUUCUCAACUUUUUUGUUCAUGAUUCUUAUUUGCACUUAAAUUUAACUUUUAAAAACCAAAACAGAUAUUUUGUUAAAAAGAACCUAAUAUGACUGAUUGCAUUCAACAACAUGUAUAGUGGAAUAUGUCUGAGGACAUUAUUUGAACGACAUAAAUAAAUUGGUUUUUCGACUAGUGUUUUUACAUAUUGUUAUUUUUUUUUUAGUUUUAUACACCUAAGAUUCGAGUGUAUAAUUUAAUGUAUUCAAAUAUUUUUGCCUUGGAAUUUAAUAUUUUAUUGGUAUUUGUUGUCACAAAUUAUUCAACAUUGAUAACUUUAUAGUGUGACUUCUUCAAAUUACAUUAAUUCAUAAUAAUACAAAAUAUAUUUUUUACGGAAGUGAGAUGUGUUUUUGUUAAAGUUGUAUCUAUUAAAAAUAAACUAAAAACCACAAAGCUGUGUAUACAAUAAUAAAAUAUUUUGUUUCCUAUGGUGGUACAUUGUUAAAUGACAACAUUUAUAUUGUAUACGGUCAGAAGUUUAAAAGACUUCUUACACCUUCACUUAAAGUUCAAAGGCUCAUUCAUUUCAAAGCUGUCGCCUGUGUUGAAAGUGCUAAUUUUUUUUUACUUUGAAAAUGGUUGACGAUCUCAAUCCCU